AAGCAGAGAGGAGAGCAGAGGAGGAAAACAGAGAUGUUAGAGAAGGCAAAUUUAGAUGGUGCGACACCCUUGAUAGAGGUUGAUGAUGGCGAAGAAGAAGAGAGAAAGGGAGGGUGGUGGGAGAAAGUGUUGGACGUGGAGGAGGCGAAGAGACAAGUCUUGUUUUCCUUGCCUAUGAUUCUUACCAAUCUUUUCUAUUACUUGAUCACCUUGGUAUCCGUCAUGUUCGCCGGCCACCUUGGCGAGCUUGAGCUCGCCGGUGCCACUCUUGCAAACUCCUGGGCUACUGUCACCGGCUUUGCUUUCAUGGUUGGUUUAAGUGGAGCUCUUGAGACACUGUGCGGGCAAGGAUUUGGUGCAAAAUUAUACAGAAUGUUGGGGAUUUAUCUACAAGCCUCUUGCAUCAUAUCCUUCCUAUUCUCUAUAAUAGUAUCCAUCAUCUGGUUCUAUACAGAGCCCAUACUAAUCUUUCUUCAUCAAGAUACUGAGAUCGCAAAGACAGCUGCUCUCUAUAUGAAAUUCCUCAUUCCCGGUCUAUUUGCAUAUGGCUUUCUGCAGAACAUCUUGAGGUUUCUUCAGACACAGUCUAUAGUUAUGCCCGCGGUUGGAUUCUCAUUGCUACCAUUGGUUAUUCAUAUUGGGAUUGCAUAUGCUUUAGUACAUUGGACAAGUCUUGGUUUCAAGGGAGCUUCAUUGGCAGCUUCUAUUUCAUUAUGGCUGUCAUUCCUUAUAUUGUCCAUGUAUGUCAUUUGCACAAAUACACUUAAGCAUACAUGGGAAGGAUUUUCAUUCGAUUCAUUCUAUUACAUUUUCACCAACUUGAAACUAGCCCUGCCCUCUGCAACAAUGGUAUGUUUGGAGUACUGGGCUUUCGAGAUUCUGGUUUUCUUAGCAGGACUGAUGCAAAACUCUGAAACAACUACAUCGUUGAUCGCAAUGUGUGUGAACACAGAAACUAUUGCCUACAUGAUCACAUAUGGUCUAAGUGCCGCUGCAAGCACAAGGGUGUCAAAUGAGUUGGGAGCAGGCAACCCUAACCAGGCUAAGAGUGCCAUGGCUAUGAGUCUCAAGCUCUCUGUCCUUCUUGCACUCACAGUUGUUCUGGCCCUUGGCUUUGGCCAUAACAUAUGGGCUGGAUUCUUCAGUGACAGCCCGGCAAUUAUACAUGAAUUUGCUUCGAUGACACCCCUACUUGCAAUUUCAAUAAUUGUUGAUUCUGUUCAAGGUGUUUUAUCAGGGGUGGCCAGAGGAUGUGGUUGGCAGCACUUGGCUGUGUAUGUUAACUUGGCAACUUUCUACUGCAUUGGUGUACCAAUUGCAGCCUUCCUUGGUUUCAAGUCAAAACUGCAGGCGAAGGGUUUGUGGGUUGGCUUAAUCUGCGGGCUAUCCUGCCAAGCCGCCACCCUCUUGCUGGUUACACUGCGUUCAAAAUGGACAAAACUGGAUCUCCCUGAGAAUAGUAACAAAGAAAAUCCGGUUUCUGUCUAGCUCAAUGCGAAGAAGGUAUAGUGACUAACAACACUAGACUACUUGAGCCUUUUACAGAUUUUUGGGGACAUAAUUAGUAUUCUAUAGAGACAAGUUUGAGCUUCUGAUAUUUCAGCUUCCUUCAAAUGCUGCACAUUUGCCAUUUGGAUUUGCUCAAGAAAUGUGUGUGGUAAGAAAAUUUGCAAGCUAUGAAGUAAAUUUCAGCAAUUUUUACUGAUUGA